AUGCCAGAAUUAUUGAAGUUGUAUAAGCUUAUGGUACCGGUACUGUUUUGUUUUUUUCCAAUGGAUUUUGUUGAUUUAGAUAAAGUUUUAGAUGAAUUUGAAGAAGAAGAAAAAGCAGCAGAAGAUAUUACACCAGGACGGGAGACGAAGCCUAGUGGGUAUGCAGAAUAUAUUCAAUCACAUCUAGAUAAACCAUGGGAAACGUUAUCGACUGUUCCAAUUGGAAAACCUUCCGUCACUUCCAUUAAUGACAAUACUAACAUUAUUUUGAACUAUGAUGACCCUUAUCAUCAGUCGCCUGAUAAAUUGGACUACAAUACCACCAAUCAGAUCAAUCCUAUUAAAAAACUGGAGCAAUUAGGACUGGAUAAUGUUGACUACAGUGAGCAAGGUUUUGAUCGACCAGUGAAUGACAUCAUAGUCACAAACAUUGAAUACAGUACUCAUCACCCAGUCUUAAAUGACCAUAUUCAUACUCGAAAUAUUGAAUAUAAUUCUAUACCCAGUGUGGAUGACUCUUCAUUGCAAAGUGUAGAUAACUCUUCCAUACAAAGUGGAAGUAACUCUGGGUUACCUAGCUUAGAUACCUAUUCAUUACCAAGUGUUGGUAAUUCUUCCCUAUCAAGUCAGAGUUCUCUUAAAUUGAUGGUAAAUGGAGAUGUGAAACAUGAAUCUAAAAGUCGGUUGUUAGCUUCACAAGUAACGGCUGUUCAGACAGACGCUCUUUCUCCAAACAGUGAACUGGAAUUCUCUUCCUAUCCUUAUCCCAAAUCUGACAUUAUUGUUGAAGGUCACGAUACGGUCAAUGCGGGUGAAGUGAAAGUAGAUGUAGUUGAAAGUGUUUUAAAUUCAAAACAAAUCAAAACAAGUGACUUGAAGAAAGAUUCAAUCCCAGCUUUGGUAAAUUCUUCACAUCAAAAUGUUCAUCAAAUAUCAGAAACUGCGAAAGAAUUGACUAAAGUGUAUCAAAAUGGAAAUAGCCAGUGCUCCGUGGAUAAUGAAUCUCUUCACAGCAAUGAGUUGAAGGGAAAGAUUGAUUCAUUGGAUAUUCCGAAAGUUAUUGGAUUUGGAAUGGAGGACACUGAUGUGACUCCAUCUGAUAUGGAUGAUUAUUUAAAUGAUUUGGCUAAACAGAUGGCUGCAGAAACACCACAGUUGUCACAGAGUUUAGGCUCUGAGCUAAUUCAAGCUGAAAAAUCAAGUCUACCCUCAGAAAUGGUCAGUCCAAGAAGUUUGAGUUAUUCAUCACAUGAUCAACCAGCCUUGUCUUCAAUGAUUGUAAAGGAGAAAACACCAACCAGCCUGAGUGAUGAACUGCAGCAAGCAACCAAUGGACUUUCUGAUGAUCAGAAAGAGGGAAGUCCUUGUCGAGACGCUGGAAGCAGCCCUGAUGUUGUCCCAAAAGAUGAAGUUUAUUCUAGUAUGGAAGGAGCAGUGGGACACUCUCCAGAAUGUUCCAGUUUAGAAAGACCUAAUUUUGUGCAAGAGAAAUCACCUAACACUCUGGAUUAUAACAGAAAGGGAAUUGUGUCAGAUAUUAAUAUUUCACUGACACAAGAUGGAGACUGCUUAGAAAUUGAACAAAUUAUAAAUGAGCCCAUCUCAUUGAGUGAAUAUGAUAUAAGCUGUGAGCCAAUCAAUCAUGCAUCUAAGGAUCAUGCUUCAAGCUCAGGAUUUGUGUCGGAAAUGCCGAGUGUGCCUAGGGAAAAGACGGGUAAAACAGAUGUGUCUUUAGAUUCAGACUAUCACAGUGGGAUGUCUAUGGAUUCAGUUAUUAUGAGAAAUCAUGAUCAGGCUGGAAUUGGACAGGGUGCACGGCCAAAAGAGCCAAAUCAUGUGAAGAGAGGACGUCCAAGUAGUUUACUGGGUCUCUCCAAGGUGAAUUUGGAAGCUCCAUUUUCUGGGACACAUGUUGUGGACAGUUCUCCAGAAGGAAAUCAAAACAAUGUUUCAUCUUCUGGUUCAUCAAGUGUUGUUAAUGAUUCUAUUAACAGUGACCAACACACAGAAUAUCAAAAUCAUGUUGAAAAUAACUCAAGUAAUGUCAAUUCAUUGCAAAGAGGUGGACAAGGGUUCUCUCAGAACAGUGAGAAUACGACUGGCUUGGAAGAUCUUCCUGUUCUACGAAGAAACCUGGAUGUUGCUUCAUCGUCGAAUGGAAUGGCAUCUGCCUCCCGACCACAUUCAUGGUCACCAGGUGGCAAUGCUAGUCCACAGAUGAAUAAAUCUAAGCGUCCUUCCAGUUUAAAUCUGCCUCCCCGUGGUGAAUUUAAUCCAGAUGAUCCUGGCAUUGUUCCUUGCCGAACUAGAGGGGUAUUGACCCCAUAUCCUGAACAAUCAGAAGAAAAUGAAACACCACAAG